AUGGCUACUAAUGGAUAUUACUCAUCAUCUACAUCUUCAUAUUCAUCAUCUCUUCCGUACUAUUCUUCUUUCAUAACGUCGAUGUCGAUGCAGUUAUGUUUGGUCGUUGCUGUACUAUUUUCAUUUUUAGGAUUUACUUUGUACAUCAAUUACGAAUCCAUGUUAGAAGGACUAAUGGAUCAGUUUAAGUUUGGAUUCAUGAUCUUGCCUCUCGUUUUACUUGUUUUCGUCUACUGCACCUUGUCGUCGAAUAAUAAAGAGAGUGGAGGAUGGAUUCCAACUUUGCUUCCGAUGCCUGCAAAAGACUCGAUUCACAGGGCCGGUGGAUCACCUUGGGGUCUUGGGGUGCUUCUCGUUUUUCUUAUCAUCAUGGUUUCGUAUCAGUCCGAUCUUCAUGUAUCUUGGUUUCCUUUGUUAAGGAGAUCAUGA